ACUUGUCCAGUCUUGACUAUGUGGGGUGUUAGAAUCCUACAUCGGUUAAGUGUCUUCUUAUGUGGUUUUUGAACAACUCUCACCGCUUAAGCUAGCUAUUGGAGUUGAGUUAAGUGCGGGAUCCAUUUUCUUAACAAUGUUGUUAUAAGCCCUUAUGAUGUUCAACUUUUGUGUAAUACCAGCUACUUGGACAAGCAUGAUAAGGUUAAGCAAAAAAGGGAAGAUUUCAAAUGAAAAUGCAUUAUUCCAAAGAAUAUGUGAAAUAAGAGAUGAAAUUGACAUAAAAUAGAUCUACAUCUACAAUCACCCGAUCGACUUUUACCCGACAUAAGAAGUAUUUGGGCAGAUUCAAUAUUUUCUUCAAUUUUUGUGGCAUUUGUUUUAUCUUUAUUGUUAAGUUCCUACUGGCUGUCAAUCAUGCCCUAAUAUCACUUAGUAAUGAAUUUUCUGGUGCCAAUGAGAAUAAUGAUGCUUUCUCUCUGAUGCACCAUAUUUGUACUAAUUUUUACUCACUUUUGCUGUUUGUCAAAUGAUCAUGUUUCAUGUGGACUAGAUGAAAGAGAUUAGAGAUGGAUCGCAGGCUAAUCAUAUGUCAAAAUCUGCAUCUUCUGACUCUAAUCCACUAGUUCUUGAUGUUGAUGAUUUCAAGGGAAACUUUUCAUUUGAUGAUUUGUUUGGUAACUUGGUGACUGAGCUAUUGCCUUCUUAUCUGGAAAAAGAAGCAGACUCAUCAGAAAGUCAUGGGAACAUCGUUGGAAUUGAUGCACUAUCAAAUGGGAAUUUGCGGUCAAAUGCAGGAAAAUCGGCUCAAGGACUAUCAAGCCCAUUGUUCCCUGAAGUUGAUGCUUUAUUAUCUUUAUUUAAGAAUUCAAGCACCCAAUUGGUUGAUCUCAAAAGACAGGUUGAUGGUAAACUAAACAAUCUCAAAAAAGAAGUUGCUGUCCAAGACUUGAAGCACCGUAAGACACUUGCUGAGCUGGAAAAAGGUGUAGAUGGAUUGUUUGGUAGCUUUGCACGUCUAGAUUCACGUAUAUCCAGUGUGGGUCAUACUGCAGCCAAAAUAGGAGAUCACUUGCAGGAAAAGUGCAUCAACAUGCUGUAUAGAAGAUCAUUUGCUGAUGAAGAUAUUGGAAGACAAAAAACAACUGUCUCCUCUGCUGUUGGCAAUGCAACUUCAAGUAAAGGAUUGGAAGUUGCUAUCUCAAACCUUCAAGAGUACUGCAAUGAGUUGGAAAACAGAUUAUUAGCUCGAUUUGAUGCGGCCACACAGAAGCGCGAUUUGACUAGGAUGGGUGAAUAUGCUAAAAUUUUGUCACAGUUUAACAGGGGUACCAGUGCCAUGCAACACUAUGUGGGAUUACGUCCAAUGUUUGAUGUUGAGGUGAUGAAUGCAGAUGCCAAAUUGGUUCUUGGUGAUGAGGGUGCCCAACCCAGCCCUAGCAAUGUUGCUAAGGGACUUUCUUCAAUGUUUAAAGAGAUUACAGACACGGUGCGAAAAGAAGCUGCCACCAUAGCAGCAGUUUUCCCUUCCCCUAAGGAUGUAAUGUCGAUAUUAGUUCAGCGUGUCUUGGAGGAUCGUGUUCCAAAACUUCUAGAGAAGCUCUUGCAGAAACCAUCUCUUGUUAACCCACCUCCCAUGGAAGAAGGUGGACUUGUAUUAUAUCUCAGAUUGCUGGCCGUUGCAUAUGAGAAGACACAAGAGUUUUCUAAGGACUUACGAAGUGUAGGAUGUGGUGACUUGGAUGUUGAAGGUUUGACUGAGUCUUUGUUUCUACCACACAAAGACAUAUACGUGGAGUGCGAGCAAGCCUCUCUUAAGCAACUUUACAAAGCUAAGAUGGACGAACUGCGUACUGAAAACCAGCUGUCCUCAGAGUCGUCCGGGACAAUUGGACGCUCAAAAGGUGCUUCAAUGGCACUUUCUAACCCUGAAAUUUCUGUCGCUGUGGUGACAGAGUUUGUUCGUUGGAAUGAAGAAGCAACAUCCAGAUGCAGUUUGUUUUCAUUACAGCCUGCGACACUUGCUGCUAGUGUUAAAGUUGUUUUCACAUGUCUUCUGGACCAAGUAAGUCAAUACAUAACAGGAGGUCUUGAAAGAGCCCGAGAUGGUCUUACUGAAGCUGCUGCCUUAAGGGAAAAGCACUUGCUGGGAACUAGUGUUAGCCGAAGAGUUGCUGCAGCUGCUGCUUCUGCCGCGGAAAAUGCAGCUGCUGCUGGCGAAAGCAGUUUCAGAUCUUUCAUGCUCGCUGUGCAACGUUGUGGAAGCAGUGUGGCUAUUUUGCAGCAAUAUUUUGUGAACUCCUUAUCGCGGCUUUUGCUUCCUGUGGAUGGUGCUCAUGCUGCUUCCAGUGAAGAAAUGGCAACAGCUAUGUCGCGUGCAGAGAAUGUUGCCUGUAAGGGACUUCAACAGUGCAUUGAAACUGUCAUGGCUGAGGUGGAAAGGCUACUGUCAACCGAGCAAAAAGCAACAGAUUAUCGAUCACCUGAUGAUGGCAUUAUCCCCGACCAUCGGCCAACAAGUGCUUGUGCAUGUGUUGUUGCAUAUCUUUCUCGUGUGCUUGAGUCGGCAUUCACUGGAUUGGAAGGGCUUAACAAACAAGCGUUCCUGACUGAAUUGGGGAAUCGCUUGCACAAAGCAUUGCUUAACCAUUGGCAAAAGCUCACUUUUAAUCCUAGUGGAGGAUUGCGUUUGAAGCGUGAUAUAACAGAAUAUGGGGAGUUUGUUCGUAGUUUCAAUGCCCCUCAGAUUGAUGAGAAAUUUGAACAGCUCGGGAUCAUCGCAAAUGUGUUUAUUGUUGCUCCUGAAAGUCUUGGCCCACUGUUUGAGGGAACUCCAAGCAUUAAGAAAGAUGCUCAGAGGUUUAUUCAACUUCGCGACGAUUACAAGAGUGCAAAACUUGCGUCAAGGCUCAGCUCCUUGUGGCAUUAGCUUUAGUUAGAUCAGAAAUUGCAUUCUGAAGUCAAGACAUCCUACUGCUGGUAGCAUAGAUAGAGUUGACGAUUAUAUGGCAAGGCUCGUCCAUCUAAUACUGGAACUUUUAUUCCUGAGCUAGAAGAUUUGGGGAAGUUUUGCUAAUUUAGAGGUAGUUCAUUGGUCCUAGUUCUAAGUGAUAUGUGUGGCAAUAUUUUAAUGCCCUUUGGACAAGUGUUUUAGCCCUUCUAGAAGGUUAUUAUUAGUGGCAAAAGAAGACUAAAAAGUGGUAAAUGUUCAGCCACGUUUUUGCCAUGCAAAAUCCAAGUUUCAUGCAAUUACAACUAUAAAUAGGCUCUCACUUGACAAGGAAAUGACCAUUAGCAAAAAAACAUCACUACUCCCCUUUCCUUUCACGCCUACCUUCUUCUUUUGUUGUCCAAUAUUAAACAUUAGUUGUUUCCUUUCUUAUUUACUUUUUCUACUUGCUAGCUGGAUUUGUAAUA